GUUUGUGUUUUGGUUUAGAGAUUGCGUUUUCUUUCUCAAAUAAGUACCUAAUCAGAAGUAAAUCAUUAGUAAUAGUUCCAGAAUCCAGUUUUCUCCUAAGUUUUGUUGCCUAUAAGUUUAAUAUCACCUAGGUCCAUUUUGUAUUUUAAUUUGUUGUUGAAUUUUCAAUUAAAAGUUCAAAGAAAUCAAUUCGAAUAAUUUUUGAAGAUGUGAUUUUCGCCAAAGUAUGAAGUAUGAGACUUAUAAUCUAGUAGUAGAUAUUGAUAAUUAAUAUCAUCAUAGGAAAUGUUAAAACUAAUGAAUCAACAUAGGAUUCUCAAUAAAUAAUAUUUACAAUGAAAUUUACAUUUCAACACCGUGCAUUUUACUGUUAUAUCGGCAUGAGUGUCUGGAUUUUUUUCCUAAUUACAGUUGUGUAUAAAUAUAUGACAGUGAGUGAAGAUCCAAUUGCUUAUAAAGUAGAGAGAAGUGAACAUGUGAUGAGGAUUCAAGAUAAAUUUAGAAAAAUAUAUCUGAGAGGUUGCAAUCCAUCCGAUGGUAUUGUCAGAGGAUCUGAGGCUGCUGUUGAUAAUGAUGUAUGGGUACUGCAGGGAUUUCUCGUAAUAACAAGGCAUGGUGACAGGGGCCCACUCACCCACCUAAAAGGUGGUGACAAGAUACCAUGUGAUACUGUUCCAAUCUCACCAUUGUUAAAAAAUUAUGAAGAAUAUGUGUUAAACGCAAGUGUAUCCGGUCGCCCUUGGUGGGUGGCGGGCGCAGGCCCCUUCCAUAACUUUCCAUCGUUGCCACAUACAGCGACUACUCACUGUGCUCUGGGACAACUCACACCUAACGGCUUGUUGCAAAUGAUUACUGUGGGGAAUAUCCUACGUGAAGCGUACGGGGAUAAAAUUGGUUUGGAGAACUUGGAUUUGUCCGGGAAGAAAGAUGCUGGUGGUAUAGCGUAUAGCACUAGAUAUCGCCGCACGUUCCAGUCGCUCCAGGCUCUGUCGUGGGGAGUGACCCGCGCCGCGGCCUCCACGCGAGAGUCCCACAGCGUGGCCUUCUGCUUCCGACACUGUGCUUGCAACGCGCACCACACUCUAGCCAAAAAAUUAAGUAUUCAAACGAAGCGUCGGCUAGAAUCUCAUCCUGCCAUCAAAGAGUUGUUAACGAAGUUAUCUUCUGUACUGCUCGAAUCUCAGGAAUACAUAGACGCUGACGUCAUCAGAGACGCCAUCUUGGCCUACAUGUGUCACGAUGUUACCUUGCCGUGUUCCAAAACUGAAAAAAGACCGUUUACAAAAAAGGCGCGGAACCUUCUAGAUGUACAGUCGGGGAAACAUCUAGAAGUAGACAUGGACGUUUUGAAUAUGGAAUUGGACUAUUUGAAUCAGAUGGACUUCAAUAAUGAGAUCGGAAGAAAGGCGAGGGAUUUGAUCAAAGCGGAUAAGAAGCAACCGUUGGAUUUCGACGCUCAAAUGGAGAGAGAGAAGCUGCUGUAUUAUCAGCAGAGGUAUCUGGAUAAUGGGGACUACGAUGACGUCAUUGUUGUCAAGAAAAAUUUGGACGCUGACUUUAAUUUUCCAAACGAAAAAGCUGACUUUGAUGAAGAUUACAAAGAGCCCACACCGGCAUCGGUUGAUUUCUGUAUCAAAAAGGAGCAUGUCAUGUCAAUAUUCGCGUACCUCGAAUGGAGCUACCGACAGGACGUGCAGAAUGUGCACAGCAGACGCAAAAGUUUGCUGGUAGCCUAUGGACUUAUACACAAUAUCGUGCAGAAUAUGAUAAGAAUGAUCUCGGAAAACAGGCCGAAAAUGGUCGUGUAUUCUGGUCACGAUAAAACACUGCAGCCGUUGAUGUUGGCGCUAGGAAUCAACCAUCAUUCUAGUAUACAAUACGCUUCUAGAAUGAUCUUUGAAGUGUACAGAAAGAAGGAUCUGCGGGACGAAUUUAUGUUCACGAAACGAAGAGCUGUUGCGCAAGAUUUCUACUUUCGUGUGGUGUUUAACGGAGAAGAUGUCACUCAUAGAUUAAGUUUCUGUAAAGGCAGAGAGGUUGUGAUGAAGUCUUCACCGAGUUCCGAAACACAAUUUAAUACAUAUCUUUGUUCAAUAGAAAAUAUUGUGAGAUUCAUUCACGACGAUUAUUUCUCGGAUUUCAAUGUCAGUAAUUAUAAGGACGCGUGCGCUACUUAUAGCGAUCGUGGGUGAACUUGUAUGCUAGGUAUCGGCUUGGCGGAGUGCUAUGUAUAACUUUUGCACUGGGAGAACAUCUGGGCAAUUUUUAUUGUAAACAGUUUGCGUCUAAAAGCCCAAGUGAAACAAAGUGCUUUAUCCUACACCUAUGAGGAAAGAUGUAUGUUAAUACUAUCUGACCCGGCAAACGUUGUUUUGCCAUAUAAAUUAAAUUGUAUUGAUCUUUUGCUUGCUAGUCGAUAAGAGAUGGCGCUAGUUGUAUUCAUUAGUAACAAUCACACUUCUUUUAUAUUUUGUAUAAUUCACACUAUAGUUUUAUAAAUUAUAGCCUAUGUGUUAUUCUGGUGUGUAAGCUAUAUUAUCGUAAAGUUUCAUCAAAAUCUAUUCAGUAGAUUUUGCGUUAAAGAAGUUCAAACAUACAUCCAGACAUACAUACUUUCACAUUUAUAAUAUUAGUAGGAUAUAUCUGACCCAGCAAACGUUGUAUUGCCAUAUAAAAUAAUAAAAAAGAAAUCAAUCAAUCAAUCAAUAAAUAAAAUUUUUGUGCUAUAAAAAAAAAGACGACCGAUUCUCAGACCUACAAAGUAUAUCGUACAUAAAAUUUAUCGUACUACAAUAAUCAUACUAUUCGAUUGCCAUCUUGAAACUAUUGCGUAUCUGUGGAUGGAAUAGAAUAAUAUUAAAAUCGCGAUACAAAAACAAGGUGUUGAUCCUAGACGGGUGAAAAUUUAAGUUGUAUGUAUUUUUUAAUGUUGUAUCAUAAAAAAAAUUAUAUAAAAAUUAAAAAAAUUAGGGGUGGAUUACCCUUAACAUUUAGGUUUAAAUAACUUUAUUCUCAUUAAGACCUAUUGUCACUUACAUGAGAAAUUAAUAUUUUACAAAUUAAAGUUGGUACUUAACAACAAUGAUUAUGUUGGGUACUGAAUGCAAUUCAAUGUUAGGCAAACAGAUAAGACAUAAAACAACCUACAUAUGUUAUUGAAACAUUUCAUAAUUAUUGAGUAUGUGCCUUUGAAGGCUCGCUUUAAAAGAAGUCAAUGUUUUGGCAUUUCUUAUUUCUGAGGGCAGGUUGUUAUAUAUCUGAACUCCCUCAAAGGUUAUUGUUUGUUUUCCAUAAUUACUUCUCACCAUUGGCAGCUCAAUAUGACUAGCUCUUCGUGUAACAGUUCUGGUUAAAUUCAUUUUUUUAAAGAAGGAUGUGUUAGUGUAAAUUUUUUAUUUAAAACCUUUUAAAUGAGUAAGCAAGUAGUGUAUGUGUAUAAUUGUCUGAUUGUCAUAAUUUUUGUUUCUGUAUAGAUUUUAUCAGUUGAAGUUAAGUAGGGAUAAUGAAACAGUAGCUUUACUAGUUUAUUUUGUGUUGUCUGUAGUUUAACUAAUUUCGACUUUGCAGUACAACCCCAUAUUUCUAUGAGAUACAAUAAGUGUGGUUUAACUAGUGAGUUGUAAAUUGUAAAUUGGACACGGCGUGGAAUAGAUCUGACAAUGUUUCGCAACAUACCAAUUAGAGACGAUAAAUUUGUUCUUACUUUAUCGAUAUGUGGAAUCCAUGCCAUAUCACUGUCCAAAAUGAGGCCUAGAUAUUUCUCUUCUCUUUUUUCUUCGAUUUGUUGAUUAUUUAUUCUUAAAUGUGUGAAAGGAGGAAUAGUUUUGUUUUUUGCUUUAAAGAUGAUGUACGAGGUUUUAGAUAUGUUUAUAGUUAAAAGGUUACUUUGAAAGUAUUGAAAAAUAGUAUAGUAAUAGAUAGGCCUGUGCCAAAGAAACAAGUUCAUUAAUUGAUUUUCCAAAGUAAAAAAGGCAAGUGUCAUCAGCAUAAAGCGUAAUCUGUCCGUGCAAACAUAUAAACAUGAAUGUUGUUGACAUAAAUUAAGUAUAAAAGGGGUCCUAAUAUUGAGCCUUGAGGCACCCCGUAUAAAGGUGAUAAAGGCUUACUUUGAUGAUUAUUUAUUUUGACAAUUUGCUGUCGUUGACUAAAAUAUGAAUCAAAAAUUUUUAGAGCUAUUCCUGUGAUACCCAGAUUUGCUAAUUUCUGUAGUAAAAGUGUGUGGCUGACAGUAUCAAAUGCUUUUUUUAAGUCGAUGAAAAUCCCUAGAGGGAAACAUUUAGGGGGAUGAAAAAUAGAUGUUGUUCGAUUCUCAGACCUACCCAAUAUGGACACAAAAUUUCAUGAGAAUCGGUCAAGCCGUUUCGGAGGAGGUUAACUACAAACACCGCGACACGAGAAUUUUAUAUAUUAGAUAGCAAAUAAAUGAUAAAUAUCUAUGGCAGAGAAAAUUUGGAAUCAGCUCUUGCUCACCUUUCGCAGGCUUUAAAAAACGUCUGACACAUCCUAGGUAUACUUAUAAAUGAAGAGCCGGUUUUUUUCCUGUAGCCCAGUGGUUAAUGAGCCUAUCUUCUGCGCUAGAGGUUCCGGGUUUGAAUCUUGGUAGGUACAACCAUUUAUAUUAUGAAGAAUAUAUUUUUUUAUAUAAAUAAUGUUUGUUUCGGUGUCAUGGAUGUUUAUAUAUAUUUAUGUAUGUUAAAGUAGUUUAUAUUAAUUAUAUCGUUGUCUUGUGCCCAUAGUACAGGCUAUGCCUAGUUUGGGGCAAGAUAAUUUGUGUAAAAGUGUAUCAAUAUUAUUAUUAUUAUAAUGAGCGGGCAGAAGUACUCAAUUUGUACAGACAAACAACGUUUACUGGAUAUUUUAGUUUCUUAAUCUUGGUCCGUCAAAGUAUUCAUGUACAAUCGAAAAACAGAUAUUCAUACAAAUCGGACGUAAUUCCAGAAAAACGUUCCAAACCACAAUCAUGUCGAAAUUGAGUUAAGAACACAAAACUGGUCACGUGAUUCAUAUUAACGGACUGACAAAAUAAUGGCAGCCCUACUGUCUACUACUGCUCUUUAAAUGACAUCAUGACUUAGUAGCCCAACCCACAUGUAUGGAAUACAUUAAUAUUUAUUAAACUUUAAACACGAAUUCCUUAAAAUGUGAUGUUUGUGGCUUGGAAUGUUUUUCAGGAACUACGCCCAAUUGACAUCUCGUAUGUUUGUAUGUAAUGACGUGUGUUCGGCACAGCUGUCAUAUAUCCAUAGGAAGGCACUUUCCAUGUAGGUGUAGUAUAUUGAACCCUUAAUAGUUAAGAGCACCUGAUUAUUAUUAUAAGUACAAAUAUAUUAAUUAGUAACACAAGUUCCUGUACCUUCGUUAUAACCACGGACGAGUAAAAUAAAAAGAAGCCGGGAAACGUAAAUACACCCCACGCAUACACUUACACUAAUACAAGCCGAUCGGCCGCCAUUAUGAGAUUUGCCAUCGUUUGUGACAGAUCAGUUUGCGUCGCAAUAAAAUAUUUUAAAAUGCCGUUGUGCGUUGUGAAAAAGUGUAAAAACAAUACUAUAAAAGUAUUUGUGGAUAUAUGAUUAUUUAAGGGAGAAAAAAUUGUGUAUCUGUUAUACCCCGUAACCGCACACACACUGGCAUAAAGGUGCACUACACUUGCUAGUAUCACGGCGCGGAGUACUUAUUUUUUUACUAGUCCGUGUUUAUAACAUUAUCAUAUUUUGAUCUGAUCUCGACCCUUGUCACGGUUAAAAGACAAGUAGAUCUGCGGCUGGAAAAUAUUUUCAAAUACUGCUGUAAAAAUGUUGUGAAUAUAUAGGUUGCAUUAGAAAUUCACGUAAUGUAUUCCGGCAACGCUCCUGUGAUUCCUCCAGUGUUGCAAGAGAACGUGGGCGGCGGUGAUUAUAUAACACCAGCGGGCCUACCAUGAACUCUUAUUGCGAUUCAUUUGACGGUCUGAAAUGAACUGCUUGAAUUUGUAAUUCAAAGAACUAUAUAUAUGUGUAUUACUAUUAUUUAAUAAGUACAAAAAAGGGCUUAAUGGCUUAUAAUUUGAAGCUAUAAAGAGCAAUUCUAAAAUGUAUUAUAUCAUAUCAUUUAAGGUUUCGAAAUGCAACGCAUAUGGUUCGAGUAAGAGAGACAAACUUAUGCAACGACUGUAGAGCGUCAUCGCUUUCUCACACCGCGGACCACAGACAAAUUUAUUUCGUUCAUUCUUCAUAAGCGAUCCAAACGCCAAUCAGUAAAAGUUACUUCAUGGUUCGAAUUUUAGCGAUUCAGUUUAGGUACCUAAACUGAACUGCAUCGGAAUCGCAUCGCUUAUUAAAAGUUGAUGAUAGGCCUUCAGGUGCCCGUACGCUCGUUUAUCCUCCUUUUCCAUAGAUAAAUGAAACAAAAAAUCUUAUCAAUCAAUCGAGAUGAGGCGUUCUAUAUUCUCAGUAUGACGCGCGAUUGGGACGAAGGUCGUACUGCGGUAAAUAUUCAAUCUUCAGGAAAUUAAUAAUAGUGUUAUUAUUAAUACAUAUAAAUAACAUGAUAGUGACUUGCAUUUGUGUAUCACGGAGAAGCUAUUCGAUAGAUUUUGAUUAAGUUUAAUUUUUUAGACACUUGGCCCUUAUCUAAAAAAAUAAUUGGAAUAUCUUUAUUUAAUAUUGAGUUGAUGAGCACGCGGACAAAGUCACCGGUAUCAACUACAAUGCUAUGUAGCGACUGUCAGUCCGCACUAAAAAAUCUAAAUCGUAUCUAACAAUAGGAUUGGUUCGUGUAAGUAUUCCCUUAUUGUGUGCCAUUUUCAGCGGUAAACAAUACUAGUCUGAGUAUUUGAUAAUGUUUAUUAUUUUACAUUUUACACACAUUUCGUUACGUAAAAAUAUAAUCUAUCUUAGUUAAAACAUUAUAUUGUACUUACAUAUAGGUGGUUACAAUUGUAAUAUAUAUAAUAGUUAUUUAUGCAACUGUUGUGUAAUAAGGGGUAUUAAAACACGAAUGUGGAUUACUCGGCUUCGCCUCGUGUGAUAAAAGUAUCACAUGAGUGUUUUAAUACCUAAUUAUCAACAGUUGCAUACAAGACUUUAUCUACACCCAGAAUAUGAAUCUUCUAAAAGAUUCUGGAACAGUUUGCUUACUGCUAACAUUAAAACACCAGUCCUAGUAGUAACCUAAUAUCAUUAAUUACUGAUUAUAUACAAAUAAACUAAGUAAUAAUGAAACAAUUAUUUAUUUUAGUAGUAAUUUACAUUUUGUAUAGUGCAAUAAUUAAAAUUCACUCGAAUAUUCAGCGUUUAAAAUGAAUCGCUCAUUUUUUGUAAACAAAACAAUAAAAAUAUCGAAGAUAAAUGGCGGGGAUUCGAAUAACCUACUUUUUUUUAAGGCGCGCGACGUUCUGGUAGUGAGGAACACGCGUAAACGAAAAUGUUCUUUUUUUGAAAUUCAUACAGAUACCAUGCAUCGAGCAAUAAGAAUGUGGCUAUAUGUUGAAACUCUUUGCGCAUGAAGGGAUCGAAAAAAAACAGGAGUGUUGUUAUGAAAUUCAGUACAACAUUACAACACUCGUUUGGAUGAUGUAAUGGUUAUUAGAACAUUGGGUGUUUUAAUGUUGGCAAUAAGCUAACUGUUUCAGAGUCUUUAAUAGAGGAUUUAAAGCAUGGGUGUAGAUAAACAUUAUAACGCCUGUUAAUUUUUGAUCUCAUUUAAAAUAUUUAUUUAUACUGAUAUUAUUUUUUAUUUAUGAAUUAACAUUUUGGACGUCCUAGUUGAAUUUUGUUAAAUAUAGCGAUAAUAUAUAUUCUUCUUUAGCUUUUAUUGUAUUAAUUAAUAAGUAGGUAAUAAAACUUCUGUUAUAAGCAUUUUCAGUAUUAUAGUUUAAGUUGUUUUUGUAUGUGUGUAAAUAACUUUAUUUUGUUUAAAACGAUGCAUACGAGGGUCUGCCUGAAAGUUAUUAGAAAAUAAAAAACUCAUUAAACUAGCAAAUUAUUAGUUUACUAAAUAUUUUCAAGAAAGUAUCCACUUAGGUCAAUACAUUACUGCGUCAGAUGAAACUACUGGGAAAAGCAUUUUGCCCAUUCGUCCUUAUGGGUCUCUUCGACCCCCUAUUAUCAUUUAUACGUCUAGAUAGAGUGUAACACUAACACAAAGAAACAUACAUCACAAUCGCAAGUGUAAGACGUAGCUCAUGACGCACACUAAAGUAAUAAACCUGGCCUGUUUUCAUCGAUUGUCUAGCAGCAAGAGACUAUCUAGACGUAUAAAUUAUCUAAGAAAAAAUUAUUGCACGAAAGUGGCACAGACAAUUUUAAAUUUUUUGCCAAACCAUAAAAUGAAAAACUCAAUAGGAAAUGAAUGCCAUUUUCAAAAUUUAAGCUUAUUUUUAUUAUAUUGUUUACCUACAAGUGGCCAGUUCUAAAAACUUUCAAUCACCCUCGUGAAAAAUAUUUUGUAAAGAAUUGAUUGUUCUAGAAUCUAGACGACCAUAAGCCCUAGGCUAGAUAUUUGUACAAUUUUACUCAAUUACAUUUUGUUUCUGUGUACAAAACUAUUUGUGAUAUAAAAAAAAGCAAUAUUAUCGAUUAAUAACGGUAAAAUAUACAUCACCAGUCAAUAAGACAUUACCGACACUCGAUCACGUGAUAUUUGGCGAUCAUAUAUCACGAAGAAAAAAUAACAUUAAAAUGAAUACUAAUAAACUAAAACGAACGUUGAGUUAUAGGUACGCAAUGAACUGUCACUUCGCGGACGCUAAUCACACACGCCAAUUGCGGGGCGCUGAAGUCGGAAGCGGGACAGUGAGGCCACGGGCCUGUCGCCGCUUGCGCUUAACUGACAAAGGAGUCACCCAGUGCUAUGAUAUAUGUACACUUCAUUUAUUGAUGUGAAGCCAUUUUGUUCAGUACUGACAACUGACAACACUGUCAGUUAAAGUUUAGAUAUUUAUAGGAUUUAUAUAUUUUAAUUUAUUUAAAUUUAAUACUUGAUUUUAUUACAUAGAACGAGAAUCGCGUACCGAAUAUUGUUAGUGUCCCACCUACUUCUAAAUCAUUCUUUAAAAAACUGUUUCGUGCCCAAUUAUUUUGUUUGUUCCGUAUAUUAAAUUUGGUAAAUAUGUACAGGUAUUAUAAUAAUUAUGCACAAGUAUUAUAGUAUGGAAAUAUGCCUUUUAUUAAUUUUUAUAUCGAUACAUGACAUUUUAAAAAUUGCAUCCAAUUAUAACUUUAUUUUUAAACACUUACUGUAAGUACUCGCCGGUGGUCUAUAAGUCACCUGUGGGGCGAUACGGUUAUCUUGCUUACGUCACCUCUAGUACCUUAUUAGAAUUACUAAGAUAUAAAAAAUCAUAGAAUACUUUGUGCCAGCAAAUCGAUUUCAAUAUGAAAUUGUAACGUCCGUUUUAAAGUGUUUUUUUUUAUGUCGAUCUUUUUAUUGUGAUUGUAAUAAAGUGAUUGUAAUUAU